CUGACUUAUUUAAUAUAAAGUAGUCAACAGGUUUACUACAAUAGCUUUAUAAACAACUUUUAAUUUCAAAUUUAUUCAGUUGUAUAUAUAAUAUUUAGAAGAAUCUUUCUCUAAAAAUGCCACGUGGUGUUUGGUUUUAGUUGAUUUUAGGCCUGAAAACAGCAAACGUCAACUAUGAUACAAAAAGUCCCACAAUUAUGUAUUGACUUAGUAAGUAAUAAGUCCACUGGUGUUUCGGUGAACUGUUGAUAACGUCUGUCUGCCUGGGGUAAAUAAACCCACAGAGGGGUACAAACACAGAUAACGCUCUGCUUCGACAGACAGAUCCAGCCAUGAUCCUGACGGGUCGCAGCUUGUGUCUUCCUUCUCCAGCCACCGUCCAGGAGCUUUUCUCCGCUGCUCGAGAUGCCAGCAUCAUCCCUGACAUCUCCUUGGAUCCCGUCCUCACCACCUUCCUGUCGCUGGACUCCUCUGCAGCGCUGCAGCAUCAGUAUGACUUCUUGCAGCGGAGCAUGAGCCGGGAGCAGCAGGCGGCGUUCGGCCUCAACCUGACUGCAGAGCUGGGCGGCAGCAGGGUCACAUAUGGAGGAGUCGGGGUCGUUGCUCUGGCUCUGUCUCUGCUUUUUGACCAGGUUGCCCGACAAAUCCGAGCGCAAGACUCGGCAGACGGGCCUGUAUCAGCUCACAGAUCCCAGCCUGCUAUGAUUUUUGGCAUCAGGACUUCUUCCAGGAUCGGCUGGAUUAUCCACAGCUACCUCGGCCUCGUCCCUGGAAUCGCCAACAGCCAGGAGAAGAUGGGUGAGACGACGGAGCUCUACGACAGCUGGCUGAAGCUGGAGCUGCUCGACCAUUACGAGAGGAUGACCACCAAGAAGAGGAUGAGUUCGGUGUCCAUGCAGCAGUGGCUGGCCGGAGCUGCGUUUCAUCUGCACCUGAGGAUCCACCAGGUUCGUCUUAACUCUGUACCGUCAGGAUCAGCUGAGUCGCUGCGUUUGUCCUACAAGUCAGGGUUGGGUCUCCUGAUUCAGGGCUACACAGCUUAUCUACGCAGAAACAUCCAGGAGACCGAAGCUCCAGGACCAAAAAAACCCAGAACCGGAGCAGCCGACAAGCCGAGACAAACAUCUAGCGUGACAAACGUCACCUGCUCUGGUAUCUCUGCUGAUAAGUUUAAUGACUCCGCCUCACCCAACUCAACCGCAGGAUUCAGUGGAAGCUGUAAAACAAACAGAUCCAAUGAGGACUUUGGUCUCAGUGUGGUGAAAGGAAGCAAUGACACCAGUGAAGAUGGGAUCAGCAGAAACACACUGAACACAUCUAGUGGAUAUAAAGGGGAGGAGGAGGCCAGCGAGCUUGGUCUGUUGGUCAUCGAGCCUUUGAGGAACGUGAGUCACAACGUCCAGCAUCAUCCAUGUCAGUCUCCAGCCAUCCAGCAAGCUUUAGUGACUCGUAUUAUAAACGCUCUGGACCUGGAGCGGAACCGAGACUUUUUUCUUUACUCUAAUAGAGUCUUUUACAGCCUGCUCAGACAGAAGAAUGACUUUGAGCUGAAGAGCAAUUAGACAAAUGUGCAAUCCAAAUCAUGAACAAAACACAGUGUUACCUUCAGAUAGCUACCAAUUCAUUACGUAUUUUAUUAUUCUCUGUCGGUCAGCAGGAAAAUGGGUUCUAUUCCCCUUUAAAUGACCACAGAUAUUCUCUAAGGUUUCUAUAAGGUUACCACCAUUUUCAUAUUUGUGCACUAAAUUUGAAGCUGCAUCCACAAGCUAUUUAGCUUAGCUUAGCUUAGACUUGAAACAAAAGGAAACACCUGUCUGGCUCUAUUCAAAUGUAGCAAAAUUUGCGGAAUAUUUACUCAUUUACACUUUACAUUUUGUCCGGGGACAGAAGGUAUGCUAUCAGGCAAUAAAUACACCACAUAAAACAACAUAAUACCUAAAACUGUGUGAGAUCAUGAAUAAAAUGAGAAACUACAGUAAAUAAAAAGCAAUAAUUGGUGUUGACAA